AUGAAUGAUGAGGUGGACAUAACGACCGUUAAAAUCCCGACCGACACUAAACACACCGUUAUUACUGACCACAAAACCGGUCAUAAAAAUAAGGAACUCCUACCAAAAGAUGGUGAAACAGCACCGGUAGAUGAAAAAUCCCUUGCACCUGACCAGGGUCAAGACAAAAAUUCACAAUUAGAGCCUAAAAACUAUGUACCCGACGGUGAAUACCCGGUUGAAAGUGGGGUAAAGGAGGCGGAAAAUCCCGAUAAAAACUACGAUAAGACUCCCAUUGAAGGCACCGGUGGUCCAGAGUUUGAUUUGGGGAAAGACUACAAAAAGGUUGCGAUUAAGGACAAGGAUCUGAAAAAUAAAAACACAGGAUUUGGUUUCGAUGAUGAAUAUCAGGGUAAUAAUGAUGGUGGAUUAGGUGGAGUCGGCAACCCUACCAAAGUAGACAAUAAGUACCCGGGUAUAGGGGAUGGUGUCGACAAAAAACCCGGUCAUAGGGUUGGAGGACCGGUCGAUGAGGGCCAGUACCCUAACGAUGAGAUACCUAUUGAUGGUAAACCUGUUAAGAAACACCCGAAUAUAGGGUUUGAUGAGAAACCGAUUAAAGAUAAAUACCCAGGUGCUGAUGGUGAUAAAUACCCUGGUGUUGGUGUUGGUGAUGGUGAUAAAUACCCAGGCAUUGGUGGUGGUGACAAAUAUCCAGGUGCUGGUGAUAAAUACCCGAGCAUUGGUGCUGGUGAUAAAUACCCGGGCAUUGGUGGCGGAGAUAAAUAUCCAGGUGCUGGUGAUAGCGAUAAGGGAAGGCCAGGUAUACCGUCAGGUGGUGCUGAUUAUGAAGAUUUUGGGGGUGGCGGUAUUGGUGGUGACAAAGGUGUUGUAGAUCCUGGUGCUGGUGGACACGGAGGUCAUGGCACAAAAUAUGACCCUGCAUUGAUAAAGAUUGGUAACCAUAUAAUGGAUCACUUGUUGGUACUAAUGAAACGUGACUACCGGCGCGAUUUUGAGAAAGUUGCCCUGUCCGAGGUGGGACCAAUUAAGCAUGGUCGUUGGGGAUCUGUUAUCUUACACGAUGGUUGGGUGACCGGGUUAACCAACAUUGAAAGAGCUGGCGAUGUCUUAAUGAUGGAUGAGUUUGCGGGCCGUAAGCUAAUCGUAUCCGACUUAGUCGUACGGGACAUAUACGCCGACUAUAAAGUGAAUGCAAAGCUAUUCCACAGGAUUUCCAUCAAAAAUCGUGAACUCAAGCUAUCGUUGCGGAAAGCCGUCCUAAACGUGAGGCUAGAGGUCGACAAAAAUCAACAAAAACUGGUCGUUAAGGACGUGUUGUUGAAGUCUAAGGAGGGCUUUGGGGUAAAGAGUGGUCGACUCGUGUGGCCCUUCAAUAAGCUGACGGACAGUAUAGUGAAGAGUCAGGAACUGGUGGUUAUGGCGAUCAUCCAGAAGGAGGUCAACCGAUAUAUGGGUCGAGUGGUCGACAAUAUUAAGUUUGAUGAGGUGUUCAGCAAAUUGUUUUUAAAAUAAAUUGUGUAUUAAUGAAGUAUGUACCUUGAUAAAAAUUACAAUUGAAUUAAAAAUCUACAUUUAAAAAAGUUGUAUAUUUUAUUUGUUUAACUUUUAAAAUGCAUAAAAUAAAUUUACUCGUAUAACAUGUUAUGUAGGUAAAUUGUUUUUAAAUUUAGUGAACCCGGGUUACUUAAAAAUUAUGAAUAUG